AUGUCUGAGACUGUUGAACGGGGAUACUUAAAUAUCGGUCAGCCAAGAUUGUCAAGAAACUCGGUCCGGGACGGUUCAGAUUUCCAGAAGCCGUAUCCCUGCUUCAAGUGCAGCCGUUCCUACACAAACAAGAGCACGCUGAACCGUCAUCUACGGGAGGAAUGCGGCAAGAUGCCGCAGUAUCUGUGCCGUUACUGGUGGCAGCUCGCCGCGGGACAAGGCAAAGUGGCCAGCAGCGAUCAGUACCAGUGCAAGUUGUGCGGUAAGAGCUACACCUGGAAGUCCUCUUACUAUCGCCAUGCACGGGAGGAAUGCGGUGGCCAGCGACGGAUGGCCAAAUGCAACAACUGCGGAAACCAGUACAGAUGGCGGGAUUCUUUGUACAAACACUUGAAGUUCGAGUGCGGAGUAGAAGCGAGAUACGUGUGCUCGGUGUGCGAAUCGAAGAGGGACCACAAUCGCGUGAAUUACGACGCUCCGUUCACCUGUUACAAGUGCGGGAAACGAUACACGUGGACGGACUCAUUGACCAGACACCUGCGCGAGGGCUGCGGGAAGCUGCCCAGACACAAGUGCACCCUCUGCGGCAGAAAGUUCAAGCGUAGGGACUAUUUGUUGCGACACGAGAGCAACGUUCACAAGUUGCUGUGA